AUUGCGUUUCGGUAUUUACACUAUUCUUCAUUUAUCCAGUGUUCCCAUGGGAGCAGUGUGGAUUAUCUUGCUAUUGGCCUAGAGAUUUACCCUCUUUAAACUGGAGACUUUAAAAGUUUGUUUUCUGACAUUACACUGUUAAACCUCUUUCCUAUUCGCAGUGCUUUAAGUCUGGAACGUAAUGUGUAGAAAUACCGUUGAACGCGCUCGAAUCUGAAAACACCUGGAAAGGUCAUUCCACGGAACUGCUUCAUUCUCAAAGAAAGAGGAAAAACACGAGUAUUCGGACUGCUCGUCUGUAUAGGUUUCACAAACGAGUUGCUCCACUACAAUUUCUCCUUGUAUAAUGAGUAAAGCUUGUCCGAAAAAGGAUACGACAUAUACAAAACUUUUCGUUGGUAAUAUUCCUUAUGGAACGAACGACGAAACGCUACGAACAUAUUUCGCUCAGUUUGGGCUCAUUGAAGAAGCGGUGGUUAUUCGCUCUAAAAAUGACAAUGCUUCAAAAGGUUACGGCUUUGUGACAAUGAAAGAUGAACAUGGCGCCCAGCGAGCAUGUGAAAAUAAAAAACCACUCAUUGAUGGUCGAAGAGCAAAUGUGCAAUUGGCGUAUCUUGGGGCGAAAAAGAAAACCAAAGAAGGCACUGGAAAAAUAUUCUCGAACGGGACAUUAGGAAAAUCGUACGGAAUGUCGCCCCCACCUUUUGUGAUUCCCACUAGUAUGAUGUUUGCAAAUGGCCAACAAACGUACGUUAUGACUUCACCCAAUUCGCCACCAACACCCAUGAGUCCCAUUACCGGUCCAAUGAGCCCUCCCGCGCAGGCACAAGUUUUCUUCGACUAUCCUCCGUAUCUUGGUAGUCAGACCGUGUAUUACGGGGGUACACUGUAUGAUCAGAACUAUCUACCAGCCGGCCAGGUGAUCCUAAGUGCUCCAGGUUUCCCCCCGCAAACCUACAUCCAACCAGUGUCACCACCUCCAUCCGUCGGAACGUUGCCUCUUGCAAUGUCCACGUGUCAACAUACCCAAUUCUACGUGCAAAAUGUACAAAAUUGUGAACCAAGUCUCACUUCAGGAAUGGCUAGCAGCCAACCUAUGCUUGUUAAUCAGUGAUUUCAAGGAUGUACAUGGAGAUGACUGUUGGAAACCAAUUUUAAAAUUUAAUCAUAUGGAAAUCGUUGAUACAUACUUCACUAUCGUUAAAUCCCUUCAAAGUCCUCGGACGAGAGAAUAUAUUAUUACAUCGUGUUGUUGCAAAUCUACAUAAAUUGGUCACGUUAAAUGCAGUAAUUAUAAUCUAUUUUGUUUAAACGUCUAUUGUACAUGUGAAGUCCUAGACUGUGUUUGUAACGUGUUGUCAAUACUAAUCUUCUUAACAGUUGCUAAACUGCAAAACUGUAUUGUUUGUUCGCUAUCGUACGACCCUAUUCUCCUACUUUUACCCUCACC